AUGGAGAUAUGGACGAAAAUAUCUAAGGACGAAGCUGAUGAAAUAACUGACGUAGUAAAAGCUGCGCACUGCGCAUUCUGGUGCGAGCCAGAGACGAAGACGAUCAGAAACACUCCUGUCAAGGCGAUUUUGAUGAUGCAGCUCCGAUCAGACGGGCUCUUGGGAUUUCCAGGAGGAGUAGUCGACGUGGGAGAGACUGUUCUUGAAUGCUUGAAACGAGAACUUCGCGAGGAAAUGGCACUUGACAACGCAAGAUUCCCAGUCGGCGAAGACAAUUGGGUGUGUGCGCAUCUUCGUCAAACCGAACAACUCGAUGGUUCUUUCAAAAACACACAAUUAUCUCAUUUUUUCUCGAAAAAAUUGGACAAAGAAGUCUUCUAUGAAAUCGAGAAAAGACAACUGGAAGCUGAACACUGGGGUUAUGAAAUCUUUGGACUGAUAAGAGCGCCUGUGCUAGAAAUCACUACAGGAAGCGUUGCUCAGAAAUAUCCUGGUCGUGGAUUUGGCUGGUUCCUGACGCAAAGCUUUAUUCACUGCGCUCGAGAGCAGAUGGCCGAAAUGAUCAUUUACGAAGGAAUUUUGACAAAAGACGAGAUCGACCGAUACUUCGAAAUGUCUCAAAAUCCGGAGCUUCGAGAAAAAUUAAUCAACAGCUCUUGCCUUACUGAAAAUAAGACAAGAAAAUGA